CUAGCAGCAGCAGCACCACCACCAACAACAACAACAACAACAACAGCAGUUAAAAUGCUAACAGACAUGACACCGACGGCCGGUCAAUUGUAUGGCUCACAAAUACCGGCCAUGGGAAUGAAUAUCACAAAUAUUGCCACACAUUUGCAGAAGCCACAAGUUAAUCCGGAUCAUCCCAGUUUGCGGGGCACACCAUUGGCCAUGCUGGCCGCCCAAUGCAAUAAGCUGUCGAACAAAUCACCACCUCCAUUGGCCGAUGCAGCUGUCGGCAAGGGUUUCCAUCCAUGGAAGAAGAGUCCCAGUUCUCCGGUAGCUGGUAGCAGUGGCAGUGGCGGAUCAGGUGGUGGCGGCGGCGGCGGUGGAGGAGGAGGUGGAGGUACAACUAGUGGUGGCCAACAUUCACCCUGCGCCAUCUCAGCGGCCAGUUCAUCCAGCUCCAGUGGCAGCACUAGUGGUGGUGGCAAUGGCGGAGGAGCAUCCCGUAGCUCGGGCAGUAAUAGCAAUAGCAGCACCAUGGUCAAUAUCACAGCUAGCAUCUAUCCUUACAGUCGCCCUCUGGCCUCAUCGUGCGCGGCUGUUAGCGGCACGGCGGCGGCAGCGGCCUCCGCUUAUGGCGGCGAUUUGUAUUUCCCAAACACAUCGUCAUCGUCGGCCAGCAUGGCCAGCAUGGCGGACAAUCAUCAUAUGCAUCAGGGCCUGCUGGGCAAAGUGGAGGCUGGAGCUGCCGCCUUUGGAUCGGUAUAUUCCCGCCAUCACUACGAUUGGCCCUUCAAUGCCGUCUCGCACAAGGCCGUCGAGGCAGCCAGCGUGAAUACUGGCUGGUGGGAUAUGCAUAGUGCGGCUGCUGCCGGAAGUUGGCUGGAUAUGGGCAGUGCGGCAGCAGCGGGCAUGCACUCGACCAUGGCGAACUAUGCGAGUGCUGCCGCUGCCGGCAGUGAUUAUUCAUCGGCAUUAACACAUUCACUGUCAAAUACGGCACAUUUGUUAAGCUCCAAUCAGCAUCUGUUACAGGAUACAUACAAGAGCAUGUUGCCCGGCCAGGGUGUUGGUGUUGGUGUGGGUGUUGGUGUUGGUGUGGGUGUUGGGGGAUUCUCGUUGCCGCAUAGCUCACCAUCGGCAGCGGCAACAGCGGCCUCGCCACAGGCCUCAACCCCGUCGACACCGUCGCCGCGAUCGCAACGCCGUUAUGCGGGCCGGGCCACAUGCGAUUGCCCCAAUUGCCAGGAGGCGGAACGUUUGGGUCCAGCUGGCGUCCAUUUGAGGAAAAAGAAUAUCCAUUCAUGUCAUAUACCCGGCUGCGGUAAGGUUUAUGGGAAAACUUCACAUCUGAAAGCCCAUCUGAGGUGGCACACCGGCGAGCGUCCCUUUGUGUGCAAUUGGUUGUUCUGCGGCAAACGUUUCACACGAUCCGAUGAACUGCAACGACACUUGCGAACGCAUACCGGCGAGAAACGCUUUGCUUGCCCAGUGUGCAACAAGCGUUUUAUGCGCAGCGACCAUCUGGCCAAGCACGUGAAGACCCAUAAUGGCACAACGCCCAAUGGCAUUAAGAAGGGCUCCUCGGAGUCGUGCAGCGACUCGGAGGAGGCCACCAAUCAGUCGGGUGAGUCAAACGGGCUAAGCGGCGCGACCAGUGGCCAGCAGCAACAGCAACAACAGCAACAGCAGCAACAGACGGGCGGAGGCGGUGGCGGCGGGGGUGGCUCCGCCGGAGCGGCAGCCAAUGGUGCAAGUGGCAGUGUGACGGCUUCGGCCAGUGGCAGCUCUGGCAGCCAUCCCGGCACCCCGACUUCGCUGCAUGGCCUAAAUGCCACAAGCACGCCCAGCAGCACUAGUUUGCUGGUGGGUGGCGGUCUGCACCUGGCCUCGCCGCACCAGAUGGUCGCCGCGGGCGGCUCGCCGGUGAUGCUUCAUCAGCACCAACAGCAGCAGCAACAGCAACAACAACAGCAGCAGCAGCAGCAGCAACAACAACAACAACAGCAACAGCAGCAACAACAGCAACAACAUCAUCAACACCAAUCCCAACACCAACAACAGCAGCAACAUCAACAAUUCUCACAGCAGCAACAUGCCCAUCUGCAUCAUCAUCAUCACCAUCAUUUGGCCGGCAGUCCUGGCCUCGAUCAUCGGCUAGAUCACAGUGCGCUAGUUGAUAUCAAGCCACCCAUGGUUUGAGGGUCGCUGGGACCCUUUCUGUUCACCAACUAAAAACUGGCACGAACAGGAAUGGGGCCCACCAGCUAGACGACUAGAUUCAUCUAUGGAAUGAAUUUCAUUUCUUCUUGUAAAUAUUAAAAUUAGCUCUACAUAUUA